GGGCUCCUCCCCCUUUACGGUUUCUCGCAUUUGCGAAUUUUUUUUGUCCCUUUUCCUCCCCCCUUUUUUUUUUUUAACACAAUCGAAGCUCGUCUCUCUUCGAUUCAGGGUGUUGCUGAGAAAUCUCUUACUUUUUCUUAAGAAUCCAAAAAAAAAAAAAGAUUAAUCCAUAAUUGCUGCUGUAGAGUAAUAAGCAACAUGGCAGAGGAUGGGCACAGAGUCACUUUGAAUGUGUAUGAUCUUAGCCAGGGGCUUGCUAAGCAGCUAUCAGUGACAUUUUUGGGCAAGACCAUCGAAGCGAUUUGGCAUACUGGUGUUGUGGUAUACGGAAACGAGUACUACUUUGGGGGAGGCAUCCAACAUGCUCCCGCCGGAUCGACCCCAUAUGGCUCUCCCAUCCGGGUUAUCGAGCUCGGGAUAACGCAAGUGCCCCAAGAGGUUUUCGAGGAUUUCCUGCAGGACAUUAGUUCUCGAUACACCGCAGAGACCUACAGGCUUCUCAGCCACAACUGCAACAACUUCAGCAAUGAGGUCGCGCAAUUCUUGGUGGGCACCACGAUCCCAGAUUACAUCCUCAACCUCCCCAAUGAAGUUAUUUCUAGCCCGAUGGGUCCUCUGAUAUUACCGAUGAUUCAACAGCUCGAGGCAACCUUAAGAGCCGGAGCAGUUCCUCAGCCGCCUCAGUUCCAACCUUCGCUUGCUUCAAGAGCUCAGCCUUCUGUUCCUUCCACCAUCCUUGUAAACCCGAGAAAACUUGCGAGCUCUGAGGACAAAAGCGGUGAUUCCAAAAUCUCAUCACAUCCUCAGCUUCCGGAACAAGCCAAAGCAGUCCCAGCUGCAGCUGAAUCUAUCAAACUCGAGAAGGAGAAGCAGCAGCCACCUCCUGCCUCCGAUCCUCUCGGGGCCGCACGGAGCAAAGUACAGGAAGAGAUCAUGAGGGAAUUCAGAGCUAUAAUGGCGGCUGGAGACAUGCACGCGAGCGAGGCUGCGGCGCUUGCGACGAGGAGGGUUAUGGAGAGGUAUGGGCGGUUGGACGCCUCGGCCAUGCAGCAGGCAUGAACAGGAUUUGCCAUCCCCUUCUAUUCUUAUUUCUCCUUUUUUCUUUGAGAGAUCAAAGUGUGCUACUUUCAUGAUUGAGAGAAAUUUCUCAAGGCAUUUACUUUUAACUGUAAAACAGCAUAUUCAACAAGUGUAAAAUGUUUCAGUGUGCUUUGCUUAACUAUGGUGCUUGUCAUUGUAGAACAGUUUAUACAAGAAGCGAAAAAUGUUUCAUAUA